GGCGGAGCCGGCGCCGGCGGGAGGGCCAGGUCCGGAAGCUCCCACGCCGGGGUCCGCACCCUGGUGGAGGCCGAGGAGAAGGAAGAUGAUCUCUAGAUACACUCGGAAGUCGGCGCCACAGAGCCUGGAGCUGAGAGGAAUUGCCAAAAAUGCUCUUGAGCAUCAUCCUCUUCCAGAGCAGCUAGAUGAAAUUUCCCCUACUAAUGACAGCAAUGAAAAAGACUCAAGUUACCAGAGUGAAUCUGACAUCACACAAGAAUCACCUUUUACAUCAUCUGACACUGGCAAUUCAAGGUCUGCCUUUCCAAGUUAUGCGGGCACAGGGAUAUCCACUGAAGGCAGCUCAGACUUCUCCUGGGGAUAUGAUGAACUUGACCGAAAUGCCACUGAAAAAGUUCAGUUGAUGUUCACAGUCAUUGAUGAACUUUUAUAUGAACAAAAAUUGAGCAUACAUACAAAGGCUCUGCAAGAAGAGUGCCAACAGUGGACGUCCACCUUUCCUCACCUCAGGAUUCUGGGAAAGCAGAUAGUCACUCCUUGUGAAGGUUAUGGGUUGUAUCCUAGGUCUCCGUCUGUUACUUCAGCCUCACAUGAAACAACAUUGAACCAAGAAAGAGAGUCUACUGUAUUUGGCAUAAGAGGUAAGAAGUUACCGUUUUCACUUUCUUGUGUCCAUAAAGAUGCUUCAGUCUCCAAAUCUCCAAGCUUAUGUUCUGUGGACAGAGAAGAUGAAGAAGAGGGUGUGAUUGUCUCAGAAGGAAUAAUAGAAGAAUAUCUAGCAUUUGACACUACAGACAAGGAAGAUAGGUUACAUGGAAGAAAAUUAGGCCUGUCUUGUGAGAGAAAAAAAUUAGGGUAUCCUCCCAUUGCUCCAUUUCAUUGCAUGAAGGAGGAUGUCCUUGCCUAUGUGUUUGACAACGUGUGGAGCAAGAUGCUGGACUGCAUGGAGGAGCUGAUUCGGAGGCACUGGGAGGGAUCAGCUUCAGAUGAUGAGAGCAAUGCUUUGACAACAAGAUCUGAUUCUGAAAGCCCCUGUAUACCCUGUGAACCUCAGCCAUUGGUGUUACCUCGAGUGCCACAGUCUAAGAUGCUAUCUAUCACGUCAAAUCCGAUGAGUCUCUGUCAAGCAGCCAGUGGCAGUCACCAGCCAAAUGUGAAUGGUUUGUUGGUGCAUGGGAUGCCCUUACAGCCAAGAAAUCUCUCUCUGAUGGACAAACUCCUAGAUUUAGAUGACAAGUUACUGAUGAGACCUGGAUCCAGUACCAUCCUUUCUAACCGAAAUUGGCCAAAUCGCACACUGGAGCUCAGUUCAUCGUCUCUAUCAUAUACGGUGCAAUCUGCCAGGAGGCGCAACCCCCCACCACGUACCCUUCAUCCAAUUGGCACAAGCCAUUCACGCUCAGGGACACCAAGACCCAUGGAUGAAAUGAUCAGAGGAACCCGACUCCCGACCGCAGCUGACUCCUUGUCUUCUCCUUCACCAAUGCCACUGAGUCGAAAUAACCUGCUUCCCCCAAUCGGCACGGCUGAUAUGGAGCACUUAAGCAGUGUGGGAUCACAGCAGCAGACGAAAUCUCGAGGUGAUCCUAACCGAGCUCGCAGCGCAGUGGUGGAUGAGCCUAACCAGCAGCCCCAAGAGAGACUCCUUUUACCUGACUUCUUCUCCAGACCCAACACCACCCAGUCAUUUUUGCCAGAUACACAGUGUCGACGUUCUUCCACCGUUAUUGAUUAUUCUAAUCAGAACCGAGCUGGAAGGGGGUCUGCAGGUACAGAUUCCCUUUAUAUAGGAGUGAUGGGAAUCGGUUUAGGGAUGUCUAGUUCCUCCUACAUAGGUUCUUUUCACCACCACCAUCUGAGCACUUCUCCUAAAGAAGACAAGGAGAACAGAGAUCAUUAUUCAAUAGGUCUUCAGUUACACGGUUCUGCAAGGUCUCAAAGUCGAGGUGGAUCAGUCACUCGAAACAGACAGGGACCAUAGGGUAAACCAAAAACAAAACCAAACACCAAAAAACUUAUUGUCAGGUCGUUGUGAACUUGUCUGAGAAAUUUGUGAAUUAGUGUUCAGUCAGCUCAGUGAUGCAGAAUUUGUUUACAAGAAAAACUUUAAACUAUCUUUAUGAAGAAUUAUUUUUGUAUAACCUCCUGGGAAAAAAUCAGUGUCUGCCAAAGACUGUGUGGACCACUAGUCUUCCUAAGCUAUUCCACUAGACAAAAGACUUUUACCUAAGAUGUAUUCUUUCCCCCACCCCCACCCCUAUCCCCCAGCCAAAUCAUUGCUUAUAUUCUGUCAAACAGGAUUAGCAGUUCCUGCAGGACUCAAGAACUGCAGGUGCACGAAAAGCAGCAGUUACUUUACUCCUAUUGCAUUAAGCAAUCGUAUUCCCCAGAACAAUUUUCCUUGUAUUUAAUCUCCUGAAAAUAACUUGAUUAUCUAAAUUUCAAGUGAAAUCUGGCAGAAGGCUGAACUACCACUUGAAUGAAAAUCCUUCCUAGAACGCACUUUAAAAUCAGCCAGAUCAGAUCAAUCCCCAAGAGUUUGGCCAGAUAUUUACUGAAGACAAAACUGACAGUAAACUAAAGACCAACUGGAAAACAUUGUGUAUCAGUAGAGAAAAAUAUAGCUUAUUUUAUUUAUUGGAAUAUACCGAUUUGCUGGAUCUUCUCUUUUUAAAUAUUUCAGGUAAAUCUGCUUCAUUGGUCAGAUUUCCCUAAUACUCAUGCUCCCAUUUUGCCAAAUUUUCUCCAGCAACACUAGGGGGAAAACAAAAUCAUUUCCUUUUUUGGAACUUUCCUAUAUGCCUUCAACUGUCUUAAGUCUCAAACAGAUUGCUUUGGUGACAGUGGAGAAUAACAGAAGUGGGAAAGCUUGGAAUCUCUUGGGAGUUUUUCUGAUGGCAUUUUAAAAUUUAGAAUUAGCAACAACAGUGGUAUAAAUAGCUUAUCUUCAAGAACUGUUUAGUUAAUUUAAUUUGUAAUUAAUCUGAUUAUAUAAUUAGUUUCAGGUUUUAUUGUUAAAGUCAUCUCCUGAGGAAAAAGAAUUCAUGAAAUCAUAAAAUGAAGUUACUUUACUGUUAAUUGUUUCAUAACAAAAUAGCCAGUGUUACUGUUGUGUCAAGUAUGAGAUGGGGGAAACCAAACUGCAUGAAAUUGUAUUUUUUUAACUGAAUGCAAUUAAAGAGUACAUUUU